AUGACCAACGAUUCUUGCCGUAAAUCACUUACUAGCGUAAAUGACGAACUCUUGAGAAAAAUUCUUGAAGAUAAGUUUACUUUGGCAACCACUUCAUUCUCCAAUGUUUAUCUUGGAGUUUGGGAGGGAAAGAACGUUGUAGUUAAAUCCUUUCAUGAGAAGCACAAGCGUCUAGCCCAAAAAGAAUUAUCACUUAUUGCUCAAUUUGAACAUGAAAAUAUCAUACAUUUGAUUGGUGCCGGACCUUCACUUCCAUCGGAUUGUUCUUUCUUGAUCCUUGAGUAUGCCAAUUGUCAUUCAUUACAAAACGUUUUGUAUGACUUCUCUGGAGUUCAUUAUAACCUGGUUAAUACUUUGAAUUGGAUAUUGCAAAUUAGUCGGGCUUCAGACUAUUUACAUCGUUCAUGUUCCCCCUCAGUUAUACAUGGAGAUAUAAAACCUUCCAAUAUUUUAGGUUUUGAUAGACUGCGUUUAGUUAAAUUAGGUGAUUUUGGAUCAUCUAGAACUACUUUGUCUGACGAACCUUCUGUUUUUGGAACUCUGUGUUAUAUGGCCCCAGAACUAUGGACAGUUCGAAGUGGUGAAAAAUUACCGUACUCAGAAAAAUCUGAUGUCUACAGUUUAACGGUUACUUUUUGGGAAUUUCUAGCUCGUGAGCCUCCAAAUAAAAUCCUGAAAAGACGUGAUGUAGCGGACAAGUUUUGGACUUCUAUUACUCAGCGACCACCUACAUUAGCUGGGUGUCCUGAACUACUAAGCAUUAUUAUUGAAAGUGGUUGGGCUGUAAAUCCCAUGAUUCGACCUACAAUGUUCCAACUGAGCAAAUGUUUGACUUCUAUAAUUGAACAAAUAUUUCCAAUAGAUAGCAUUAUCCAAGGUGUCGAUAUCCCUGAUGACUGUUUAAGCUUUUUAAAGAAAUUGUAG